GGAUGGUGAUGUCGUUAGCGGUUUCUUUACUUUUAACACCUUUUCUUAUGUUUUUGCUUGCUAUAAUCUUUUUGGCAUCUAUCGGAAAGUCACUCGGCGUUAGAAGAUUAUAUAUAAAAUUGCUGCUAACACUAUUUGAGAUAAAAUACUUAAAGGUUUAUGUAUCGUUUCAAAGUGAUGGUCAAUGAAAUAUGUGACUACUAUUAAACCAAGUAUGUUUCAUGCAUUGUUUACCUAACAAUCAACAAGUAGCAGCAAUUCAAUAUUUAAUUUCAUUUUUUAGUUUUUCCCUAAUUUAUUUUCGAUACAAUGAAAACUCUGGUUUCAUAAGAUAUAUAAAAUUUGGUAGUUAGAAUUGUCUUCCGAGCUACCACGUUUUUCUGACAGUUAAGGCAAACUAUGGCAGACAAAACAUAGAAAACGUGAAAAGGAAGAAUGGUACUUGGAAGCAAAAUGACGAAGACACGGAUGAGGAGUACGAAUCGAGGCACGUCGAAAAGCAGAAUGUGCAAAAUUGGAAAACGGAGAGUAUGCAGAAUGGAGUGAGCAGCAGCGUUAUAGCCAGAUCGACGGAUUUGAUUUUGGUACCCGAGCCAGAAAUGCAGAAUCAUAAAAAUCAUUUGGAGGAAACGAAAACAGAGAAUUCACAAACACCUGCGACAAGUGCGAGCAAAAACGAGACUCUCAUACGUAGAGAUUCGUUUGAAACCCUGAAAAGGGAGUUCAAACCUGCAAUCUGUUUGGAUUACAUUAAAGCUGGUGUAGAAGCUAUUAUAGAAGAUGAGGUGACAUCUCGUUUUGAAGCAGAAGAAUUGAAGAAUUGGAAUUUGUUAACUAGAACGAAUAGACAUUACGAGUUCAUCUCCUGGAAAUUAACAGUGAUAUGGAUAUGUGGAUUUGUUAUGCGAUAUUGUUUUCUUCUUCCCUUGAGGAUAUUCAUUUGUUUUGUAGGGGUACUGUACAUUGUAAUUGCAACAUUUCUUAUUGGCUUCCUACCAAAUGGUUUUAUUAAGAAAUGGACAUACAACAAGGCUAGUCUCAUAGCAUUCAGGAUAAUGUCACAAUCUUUAUCAGCGACAAUUACAAUUCAUAAUCCAGAGAACAAACCAAAACCAGGAGGAAUGUGUGUGGCAAAUCACACUUCCACAAUCGAUGUGCCUAUCUUAUCCACACAGACAACAUUCUCCUUGGUGAUGUGGCUGACUGCAUGUACAGCGGUAGUCGGCUAUGUUCCAGAGGGUAGUUUCAAGCGAUGGCUGAAUUACAAAGUCUCCAUAAUGUGCUUCGGUGUGUUGUCGAGUGCUCUAUCAUCAGUAAUUACGUAUCAUAAUCCGGAGAAUCGACCUGUUAGGGGUAUUUGUGUGGCAAAUCAUACUUCACCUAUAGAUGUUCUGAUACUCAUGUGCGAUAAUUGCUAUUCCUUGAUAGGUCAGAGACAUGGUGGAUUUUUAGGUAUUCUACAAAGAGCUUUAGCACGUGCUUCACCACAUAUUUGGUUUGAACGGUGUGAAGUUAAAGAUAGAGAAGCAGUUACAAGACGAUUAAAAAAACACGUGUCUGAUCCUACAAAUCCACCGAUACUUAUCUUUCCUGAAGGCACUUGCAUAAAUAAUACAUCAGUUAUGCAAUUUAAGAAAGGAAGCUUUGAAGUUGGUGGAGUAAUUUACCCUGUUGCAAUAAAGUAUGAUCCAAGAUUUGGGGAUGCAUUUUGGAAUAGUAGUCGAUAUUCAAUGAUACAAUACUUAUAUAUGACUAUGUCAAGUUGGGCCAUAGUAUGUGAUGUUUGGUAUCUUCCUCCGAUGUAUAGGAAUGAGGGAGAGAGCGCUAUUGAUUUUGCGAAUAGAGUGAAGUCUGUGAUAGCAAGACAGGGUGGCUUGGUCGAUUUACAAUGGGAUGGUCAGCUUAAACGAAUAAAGCCGAAAAAGGAAUUGCGAGAGAAGCAACAAGAAGAACUUAGUAAACGACUUAAAGACGAAUAAAGUCGAAUAUGAAUCGUCUCUAGUCCCUCUUUCACGAUCGAUAUAAUGUGUGAUAUUUUGCUUAAACGAGAAUAUUUUACCUGAUGUGAUGUUUUAUCUUCUUCGUGGACAUUUAUCUGUGCUAAAAGGGGAUGAUAGAGCGUAUGCAUGAUUUAAUUUGUUUAAUUUUACAAAUGUGAUACAUUGCGUUAUGUUAGAUUAUUUUUUAUACAAUGAAAAAUUUCUAUAGUAACAUUUAAAUUCAUUACAAGACGAUUAUUGCAGUAUAAACAAUUUAUCUUAAUAUUAUGAUCGAAUUUAAAUAUGAAAUAUCGCAGGUACCACGUUUGUCAAUUUUUAAUACCAAUAUUAUAUAACGAGGCAUUACAAAUUUAUUAUUUAUACAUAAUGAAGUGUUUAAUAUGGAAUGGCCGAUAGUGUGUGACUUUUUGUGCGUAUGAUUGAAUGUAGCA